UUUCAGCGACUUAAAACUACUCCAAUGCCUGUAGAUGCCGAGAAAUUAAAAUCUAAGGCCCAAAAAAGAUCCAUAGGAGAAAACGACGACAAAUCAUCCAAUGCGGAACCUCCAAGGAAAAGAUCCAAGGCAAUGCGGCUACCGACAGAUGAUGAAGACGCGAAGUAUGUCGAGACGAAGCGUGCGCUGAAAAAAUAUUCAGCUGACAAAACAUCGGAAAUGUUACGUGUGAUAAAAUUCGCUUUCAAAGCACCUCCUUUCAAGUUGGAACUUCCAGUGUAUUUGCGAUACUCCUCAUAUCAGUUGUCAAGUUAUCGCGAUCGUUGCCAGCUACUCAAGGAUAAUUCAGAAUUGACAAGGAUCAAUGUGGAGCCGAACAUAAUAACACUGAACGCUCAUUUGAAUCUGCUGGAGAGAAUUCGCGAUGAUCCCGAGCUGAACACGUAUUAUGAGUACCAAGAGACUGAAAACAAGGAUCUCGGGCGGUGCAUGCGCUUCAUAGCCCAGCGGAUAGUAAUGGCCAGGACUAACAAUAAUUUGAUGAAGCAUUUGCUGGCAGAACAGGGCACAUCGACGGAAAUCACCCCCGAAAGUCUACAGGAAUAUUUCCCAGCUUACGAGCCGCCGAAAAACAGGAUACGGAUAAAAUCGAACCUCACAUUCAACGAGAAUGACGUCAUUCCAGUGUAUUCGGAUCUUGAAGGCGAGACUUUAGAGUCUCUGGAGAUUCCGGUAACCCUUACCUACGACUACACUGACGUGAACAUGGUCGAUCAGUUCACAGAGCCCAAUUUAACGAAAGCGAUCAUAAUGUCUGAGGAAAACGGAGAAAAUAUGAUACGGUGUACAUGUUGCUCUUCAAAGCCGAUUGUCCCUUGCUACGAGAACGAAAAAUGCCCGUGCUUCAUUAUGAACCAGCGCAUGCAAGGAUUUCAAAUACCACGGGAGGGUUGUGGAAAAACUGAAUUCACAUCCUUCAAACCCAUCUACUUCUUCAACCCGAAGGAUCAUUACUACGAUCACGCCGGGUUCGCGUGCUCCGAGCUUUGCGGAUGCGGUGGAAAAUGCACCAACAAUUCAAUGUUAUUGCCGCACAAGAAGCUCUUCCCGCUCGAAAUAUACCGAAAUGAUCCGGCCGUCGGAUUCGUUGUCCGCUCAACAGUCAUGAUUCCGGCUGGCACGCCACUCAUGGAGUUUACGGGCGAGAUUGUCGAGCUGAAGAAUAUGGAGCUCGAUAAUAGAGACUACGCGUAUCAAAUCACGUAUAGCGACGAUGUAAAGUUCCGGAGGCUUCUCCAGGAGGUGAAAUUCAGCAAGGAAUACACGAAGCUUCUCGAAAAAUUGUCUAGAAAAAGGUUCUUCAUCGAUCCGAAAAUUCACGGAAAUGUUGCGCGAACUGUCGGGCACGCUUGUGCUCCAAACAUGGAAGUUGUCCGAGUUUUCCAGAAAAGUCUUUCCCCGGCUCAUCUGCAUCUGGUACUUGUCACACUGGAAGAUGUAUUCCCUUCCGUUCCGCUAACAAUUGACUACGGAAAGACGUACACGGACGUCCUGAAAGAUCGUUGUCGAUGUAGAACUUUUGCGUGCCGACGUGGCGAACAUGUGAAAACAUAUAAAAAUUUCGAAACGGCCCAGCUUGCUCACUGCCUGAAAAAGAUCCACGACACUCGGUACGAUAAAUGGAACAAGGAUAUAGGAAAAGAAGAUCGCGACUUGGCCAAGAAAAAAUGAAAAAAUGUCAUUUUAAAUACGUAUUUUGUCUGUACAUGAUUUCUCCACAAUAUUUCCCCACGGUUCUAACUUUUAAAGCAAUCUUCCUAUGUUCUAAUGUAUUCUGAUGUUUCUGUUGUCAAAUAAUUCCCCCAAAAAUCAUCUGAUCUCGUAUUAACACGCUUUUUUCUCCAAUCUGUUAUAUUUGUUGUCAUUUUCUAUUGACUUGUACAUGUUUUUUUUCCUUUUAAAUUGAAUUUUUCUUUUUUUUUU